CGGAAGAAUCAGCUUCGCAGUGAUUUGUGAAGAUUAUGCACAGGUGUCUGGAUAUUUCCAGGAGCCUGGGUUGACCCGACUUUAGAGCAAGGAUUUGUUGAUGCGAUCUCCAUUCAAUCUAUUCCCUGGAAUGAAGAGAGGUCUCACAUUACUUCUUUCAGGCUUCAAGUCUUCCAUACACUGCAAGUGACAGGGAGACUAUAUUUUGAUGAGAUGGUAUUGUGGAAGUAGAAUGGAUGACCUCGCCUUGCUGGACUUGCUGGAAUGCCCAGUGUGCUUUGAAAGGCUGGAUGCCACUGCCAAGGUGUUGCCAUGCCAGCAUACCUUCUGCAAGCCCUGUCUCCACAGGAUAUUCAACUCCAGGAAGGAGCUCCGGUGCCCGGAAUGCAGGACUCCGGUUACAUGUAGCAUUGAAGAACUGCCAGCGAACUUGCUGCUGGUUCGCCUGCUGGACGGCAUUAAGUACGGGCAAACAAACGGCAGGGUCAUUCCCCCUCAAGCAGCGCAGGCUCCUGCAAACCAGGACCAAGGAAAAAGAAGCACAGACCCAACCAUCUCAACUGGUAGGUCAAGUCCAAUCAGGAUACUACCAGAGGUGCCAUGUGCAAGAGCAUUGUACACAUACGGCGGCCAGAAGCCAGGAGACCUGAGCUUCAAAAAAGGUGAUGUCAUCCUCCUGCGUCGGCAAGUGGAUGAGAAUUGGUAUUACGGAGAAAUUAAUGGAGUGUGUGGUAUUUUCCCUCUCAAUUUUGUUCAAGUUAUCCAUCAUUUACCUCAGCCCCCACCUCUCUGCAAAGCUCUUUACGACUUCACUCUCAAAGAGAAAGAAAAGGAAGUCAGCAAAGAUCUCUUGCCGUUCCUGAAGAAUGAUAUUUUAAAAGUGAUCCGGAGAGUCGAUGAAAAUUGGGCUGAAGGCAAACUCGGAGAAAAAGUUGGAAUAUUCCCGAUUUCAUUUGUUGAGAUGAACUCAACUGCAAAACAGCUACUGGUAACGAAACGACUGGAUGUGAGAAGUGUCAUGUGCCAAAGCAGUCCAUCAGCUGCCAGUUCCAACACAACCAUCAAACAGACAGACUCUGGGAGGACAGGUCAAACAGACGCCUCGAGGACAGGCCCGAAGGAGAAUCGUUGCCACACUAGUGCCAUAAACAUGCUGAACAGAAUCUCCCACCUCUCACCGUCCCACCAGCCGCUGCAGAUUAGUUCACCCAUACUGAUCAGCUCGAGUAACCCAGCAGUCGUGGCACAGAUUGCAGAAAGAAGAACUCCAUGCAGUCCCAUCAGUCAGACACAGCAUGGUCCUUUUGAAACUGGUGUGGCUGCCCCUGGUUCCAGUGAUACUAAUUCACAGUAUCACACUGAAAUGGUAUACCUAAAGCCACAAGUACCCAUGAGAGCAGAAGACACUGAAGCACGGAAGGAUGAAAUAUUUCACUUGUAUGGGAAGCCUCCGGAUGGAUGGAUUAGGGGGAUGACUGUGCAGAUAAGCAAAACUGAGAGCCUACCCAGUAAUUACACUGUGCCUAUUAGCAGAAACUCAUCUGCGCUCACAGAGGGGAAAGGCUCCAAUGGCCUGCCAGCCUCUACAAUCACUCAAGAAAGGGGAGCAGCAACCGACACCACCUUGAACUCGCAAGCAAGCCCUAAUGGCAGACGGGUUGCAGUAACAUCACCUCCUGUUGCCUCAGGGGGUACAAUAGCACGGCGUAUCUAUGGGACUAGUUACAGGGCGAAUGCGCAUCGUCCAACACUUGCAGUUCCGCCGGUACAGAGUCAGAGCACGAAUGGCAGGUGUGUUCCAGCUGUUGUCAUACAAGCCCAGCCUUUCGCAUCCCACCAGCUUGCGCAGGCCGUCACUGCCCGUAUAGGCCGUCCGAGUACAGCAGUGAGGUCAGGCAGGCCGAGCCUGCCCAUCCGGCCCAUGGUCAACACUGCCUCAACAGCUCCUCCCAGUGGCAAAGCGUCAGCAGCACAAGUCCAGGACACUUCCAGCUGUACCACUGCAGGUUGGGGCAGUGCACCAGUGUCAAAUUUUACACCGUCACAAUGUAAAGAUGAGGACAGAAGCAGCCUGAGCAAGGCUCAGACUGGCCUCGGAACGUCUGUGCCUCAGUGUGCAGCUUCAUCCACGAGACCUAAAUUUCAGGCUGCCACCAAGUCGGUAAAGCCGGAACAGGUCACGGAGGAACCAGUUUUACAAGAAAUCCUGGCCCCCGUCGUUUCUCACAGCAGAGCUGGUUCAUGCCCAACAGGAACUGAGGAGAAGGUUCAGACGGUACACAAAAAAACCGGCUCCUGGGAUUCUUGUUAUCGUUGUACCCCUCCAUCUCCCCUGCACAGCUCUGCUGUGGAAGAAUAUCCAAUUUCAUCACAAACUCAUUCAAUGUGCUUCAAUAGAUGCCGAGCCGUCCUUUCUUAUCCAGCGCAAGAGGAGGUGGAGCUCAGUUUGGAGCAGGGUGACAUUGUCCUAGUGCACAGAAAGCGUCAGGAUGGCUGGUUCCAAGGGACAUGCACAGAGAGUGGGAAGACAGGCCUUUUCCCAGGAAGCUUUGUAGAAAGUUUAAAGUGAGGUUGAAAUUUGAAAAUUGCUUGGAAUUGAAAGGAGGUGGUAUCAUCCCAAUAAGGCAGCUUGGCCCAAACACUGUGUAUGGUUAUGUUGCCAAUAUGAGUCUUCACACACAAUGCACUUAAACACAUGUAGCAAUCUAUAGGCACUGGGAAGGAUCAUAAUUAAUUAUUCUCCAACUUGACACCUUGCACAGUAGUAGUACCUGGAGCCAAUUUCACCUACA